AUCCAUUCUUAGUUAGCUUCGUCAAAGAAACCGACACCGUGACUGUUUAAAAUAAUAUCUCGCCCGUCCUUGAUGGAUAUCUGCUCCAGUUCGUAAGCUGUCACGUAUUGUUACCUGCUUGACGGCCCUUUCUCUUUUCACAGACGCUACCCCGCCAUCACCGACACACCACCCAUCUCUUCGUACUGUACAUCACCCAUCACCCAUCACCUAUCACCUUUCUGUCGCAAUGCCCGAGAAUAUCCUCGACGACAUCUCCCACAGACGGUACAACCCGUUGAAGGACACCUGGCUGCUGGUCUCUCCCCACCGGACCAAGCGCCCCUGGCAAGGUCAGCAAGAGGGGCCGUCCACCACGAAGCUUCCCGAAUACGACCCCAAGUGCUACCUCUGCCCUCGAAACCCCAGAGCGGCCGGUGAUUCGAACCCGGACUACAAGAACACUUUUGUUUUCGUCAACGACUACAGUGCCGUAAAGGAGGAGCAGGCCGAGUACAAGCCGGAGAUUGAAAGCAAUGACCUCGCGUCGUCGCUGCUGCGCGCCGAAGCGGCCACGGGCAAAUGCUAUGUCCUCACCUUCUCCGAGAAGCAUCACGUCACCCUCGCCGACAUGACGACCCAAGAGAUCGCCCCCGUCAUCGACGUAUGGACGCACAUCUACGCCUCCCACCUCUCCCCCUCGAACCCGCUCUCCGAGGUUGCCGCUGCGCUCGACCUGCCCGCCGCGACCCCCGAGAGCAGCGUGCCGCCCCCCAAGCAAAGCCUGCGGUACAUGCAGAUUUUCGAAAACAAAGGCGCCGCCAUGGGUUGCUCAAAUCCGCACCCGCACUGCCAGGUCUGGACGACGUCAACGAUGCCCGAGGAGCCUGGCACGGAGCUGGCGCAAAUGGCCAAGUACCGCCACCAGCAUGCCGGACGGCACUUGCUGGCCGACUACGUCAAGGUCGAGCUGGAAAAGAAGGAGCGCACUGUGUUCGAGAACGAGCACUUCCUGGUGGUCGUCCCCUGGUGGGGUGUGUGGCCGUUUGAGGUUUUGGUUCUGCCCAAGAGGCACGUCCGCGCCCUCGUGGACCUGUCCGCCGAGGAGCGAUUGCAGUUUGCCGAGGCCAUUCAGGAAGUCGCGAGGAGAUACGACAAUCUGUUCGAGACGCACUUCCCCUACAGCUCUGGUAUUCACCAAGCACCCCUCGAUGCUACCGAAGAGGAGGCUGAAAACAGCUACCUCCACAUGCACUUCUAUCCGCCUCUGCUCCGCUCUGCUACCGUGCGCAAGUUCCUUGUUGGUUACGAGCUGAUGGCCGAGCCCCAGCGCGACAUUACCCCCGAACAGGCGGCUGCCCGCCUCAGGGGUACCGGCGGCGAAUUGUACCGCAAGACAAUCCAGUAAAUGACAGAAAAAUACAAAAGCCCCGGUCGCAAUAUUUGAUUAUCACCUUCUCUAUUAAUGUUGCUGGGGUUUAGACGUUUUCAUGAUCAUGUACACACAACUGUGAUAUAGCAUCGACGUGGCCAUCGCACUCGUUCAUGACUGUGUCAUAAGCGGAUACACCAAUGUCGUAGCCUGCGUAGAGCACACAAUGCCCCGACCCUGCCAUAUUGACCGACCCUUUGGCCUUCCCUU